AUGUAUGGUCACGCUCAGUCUCCGCCCAUGAGCAUCCACCGCCAGAUCUCCGCCGAUGAAGAAGAAGGCUCUGGUGCUCCUGAUUCUCUCGAAAACCAUGACAUUCGUUACGAUACCCACGCCCUUGAGGGCUCUACGGCUGGGGACGUCCCCCUAGAGGGCGUUACUCCCGAAUCUAUCUAUGUUUCCAACGGCGGCGCCUGUUCUGAGUUGGCAAUCCAGCGCAACGAUGACACCAGUCAACUCACGCUGUCCUUCCGAGGGCAGGUUUAUGUGUUUGAUGCUGUUACUGCUGAAAAGGUUCAAUCAGUAUUGUUGCUGUUAGGAGGAUGUGAGUUAUCUUCAGGUCCACAUGGUGUGGAUGGGACAUUUCAAAACCAACGGGUCACGAUGGAAUUUCCAGCACCGUGUGGUCAACCACAGAGAGCAGCAUCGCUCAAUAGGUUCCGCCAGAAGAAAAAAGAAAGAUGCUUUGAUAAGAAAGUUAGAUAUGGUGUCCGUCAAGAAGUCGCACUCAGGAUGCAGCGUAAUAAGGGUCAAUUUACUUCUUCCAAGAAGUCAGAGGGAGCUUCAAGCUGGGGCUCUGCUCAAGAUUCUGGACAAGACGAUAACCCACAAGAAACAUCAUGUACACAUUGUGGCAUCAGUUCAAAGUCAACUCCAAUGAUGCGGCGUGGGCCAUCUGGUCCAAGGUCUCUUUGCAAUGCAUGUGGCCUUUUCUGGGCAAAUAGGGGGACUUUGAGGGAACUUUCGAAGAAGACUCAGGAUCAUUCUUCGACUCCAAUUGUUCAGGGUGACGGUGUAGCAAAUGACUCCACAUCUGAAACUGCCAUCCAUACAAAUAACAAUCUUGUAGCUUUCCCUAGUGGAGAAAGUUCUGCUUUAAUGGCAAAGCAAUGAGUAUCAAGAAGUUGUAGUAGAAUGGUCAGUGGUUCCUUGGCACACCCUUCAAGCAUUCGAGUUCCCAAGUUAUUUAUUUCAGGUUGUCCUACUCCUGUUGAAUGUACAGAUACUACAGUGCCUUCUUUAAUACAUGGGGUUAUCCCUCCUUUUUCCCCCCUUUUGUGUACAUUGCAUGAGAUUAUCUAUCUCACAUUGGAUGUGUCACAUGAACUUCAGUUUAAAGAUAAAAGUGUACUAAAUUUGACUUAAUAGUAGUUGGUGAACCUUAGUCCUCAGUU